CUUGCUCGCUCGCAUGUUAUCGUAGCCAUGUGUCAGGUAUUACGACGCCAGGUCUGAGUUUCACCACGGAUUCCUUCGAAAUCGCUUUGCUGCACGGGAUGCACGGAGAUCCACCUAUCCACCUUAGAUGAUGUCGUUGGACCGUGCUCGCGAGAUCAAGCGGGGAGCUCGGGACGAACUAUCGAGAUAACUACUCUUGUCUUUUGCUUUGAAUUGUUAUUCAUCCCUGACCCGUUUGGUGGAGUAGUUGGGGAUAUAAAUUUGAAUCGAUUUCUGGCACACAGCCUCCAUCCCACGCCUUAACAUCCCCUCUCUACGCAUGUCCGAUGGCCCCAACGGCGUCCGCGGCACUCGCUUCUUCAACGGCGUCCCAGCAGCCUGUUUCCCCUGCGCCACCGCCCUCGGCGCAACCUGGGACACCGAGCUGCUCCAAGACGUCGGCCGUCUGAUGGGCGAGGAGUCUAUCGCCAAGGGCUCGCACAUCGUCCUCGGCCCCACGAUCAACACGCAGCGGUCUCCGCUCGGUGGUCGGGGCUUUGAAUCCUUUGCCGAGGACGGUGUGCUUUCGGGUUUGUUGGCCGGGUUCUUCUCCAAGGGGAUUCAGGAGAAGGGGGUUGCGGCUACGCUAAAGCAUUUUGUUUGUAAUGAUCAGGAACAUCAGCGGAUGGCGGUUGACAGUAUUGUUACUGGCAGGGCGAUGAGGGAGAUUUAUUUGUUGCCGUUUCAGGUCGCUAUGAGGGUUUGUCGGACGGCUUGUGUUAUGACGGCUUAUAAUAAGGUGAACGGGACGCAUGUUAGUGAGAAUCGGGGGAUUAUCACGGAUAUUCUGAGGGAAGAGUGGGGGUGGGAUGGGUUGGUUAUGAGUGAUUGGUUCGGGACAUAUAGUACUUCUGAUGCAAUUAAUGCAGGCUUGGAUCUGGAAAUGCCGGGAAAGUCACGCUGGCGUGGAGUUCCCUUGGCUCAUGCCGUUUCCUCGAACAAGGUCGCUGAAUUUGUGAUAGAUGAGCGAGUCCGCAAUGUGUUGAACCUGAUCAACUUUGUGGAGCCCUUGGGGAUUCCCGAGAAUGCCCCGGAGAAGGCUCUAAAUCGGCCGCAGGACCAGGCUCUUCUUCGCCGGGCCGCGGCGGAGUCGAUCGUGCUUAUGAAGAACGAGGAGAAUAUCCUGCCACUCAGCAAAGACAAGCCUAUUCUGGUGAUUGGUCCAAAUGCUAAGCUGGCGGCGUAUUGUGGUGGUGGCUCCGCGUCGUUGGAUGCGUAUUACACCAUCACGCCUUUUGAGGGUGUCUCGGUCCAGAGCAAGGGCGAAGUCACCUUUUCCCAGGGUGUCUACUCGUUCAGAGACUUGCCUCUUCUUGGGCCGUUAUUGAAGACGGCUGAUGGCAAGACUGGUUUCUCUUUCCGUGUCUUCAAUGAGCCUCCGUCUGAGUCGAACCGUGAACUUGUCGAUGAGCUACACCUGGUAUCAUCUAGUGGCUUCCUUAUGGACUAUGUUAAUCCUAAGAUUAAGUCUUUGACCUAUUAUGUCGAUAUGGAGGGUCUCUUCACCCCCGAGGAGGACGGCAUCUAUGACUUUGGCGUCACUGUCGUUGGCACAGGCAAGCUGUUUAUUGACGGCGAAGUCGUCGUGGACAACACCAAGAACCAACGCCAAGGUUCUGCCUUCUUCGGCACCGCCACAGUGGAAGAAAAGGGCUCGAAGGAACUGAAAGCAGGCAAAACCUACAAGAUCCUCUUUGAGUUCGGCACAGCACCGACCUCAGACCUGGACACCCGGGGCGUAGUGGCAUUUGGACCCGGUGGCUUUCGCUUCGGGGCAAGCCGUCGUGUAGGCCAGGAAGAGCUGAUCUCCAAGGCCGUCGAACAAGCCGCUAAGGCAGACCAAGUGGUCAUCUUCGCCGGUCUAACCAGCGAGUGGGAGACCGAGGGAUACGACCGCGACCACAUGGAUCUUCCCCCAGGCAGCGAUGAACUGAUUUCACGCGUACUGGAGGCGAACCCGAAUGCUGUAGUGGUGAUCCAGAGUGGCACCCCAGUAACAAUGCCCUGGGCCAAGCAGACCAAAGCACUCCUGCACGCCUGGUUCGGCGGCAACGAAUGUGGCAACGGCAUUGCCGACGUACUGUACGGCGACGUCAAUCCCUCCGGCAAGCUGCCCAUUACCUUCCCCGUCCGUCUGCAGGACAACCCAAGCUUCCUCAAUUUCCGCGCGGAACGUGGUCGCGUCCUCUACGGCGAAGACGUCUACGUUGGAUACCGCUACUACGAGAAGGCUAACCUGCCUCCAUUGUUCGCCUUCGGUCACGGUCUCUCCUACACAAGCUUCGCCCGCUCUGAUCUGACUCUCACGACCAGUCCUGAGAAGCCCAAGUACGAGGAAAGUGGUGAACCUAUCACCGUAACUGUCACUGUUACCAACACGGGUAAGGUUGCCGGCGCAGAGACGGUUCAGCUCUGGGUUUCCCCACCGCCGACAGAAGUCAACCGCCCCGUCCGCGAACUCAAGGGCUUCGCCAAAGCCUUCUUGAAGCCAGGCGAGCAGAAGAAGGUGGAGAUUGUUGUGGAGAAAAAGCUCGCGACGAGCUGGUGGGACGAGCAGCGUGAGAAGUGGGCGUCCGAGAAGGGCGAGUAUGAAGUUAUUGUGACAGGCACCGGGCAGGACGUGCUCAAAACAUCAUUCAAGGUCGAGAAGACCCGGUAUUGGUUAGGAUUGUAGACUAUGAUUAUCAUGAUUAUCUAUGAGUCCAGCGAUUCUUGA